UAAUCGGAAGGUCAGAACACACCAGCACUCGAAACAGUAUUCACUCGUCCUUCCGAGACUAAACUCCCCAAGAAAUCAACAAUCAUGAAGUGCAUCGCUGUAGUCAUGAUGGCCUUUGCCGUUGUUGCUUCGGGAUCCGGAGUCACCUAUUCCGUUCCACUGGCGUACUCCACCAGCGUCGUACAGCAGAAUGUGGUCCCACGAUACGCUUACGCCGCCUCUCCUCUGACCUACGCCGCCUCUCCCCUAACCUAUGCCGCUACCCCGUACACCUACGCUGCUGCCCCAAUUGCUUACGCUGCCGCCCCACACACCACCGUCGUCCAGUCCAACGUUGUUCCGAAGUAUGCUGCCCCGGUUGCCUACGCUGCCGCUCCAGCUUUGACCUACAGCUCGGUGGACUCGACCGUCGUUGAAGCCGCUCCAGCAAUCGUGGCCCAACCGGCCACCGUUGUUGCCCAGCCUGCCGUGGCCGUUGUUGCCCAGCCGGAGGCCCGCUAUCUGGCUGCCAACCGUGGAUCCGUCCAUGAUGCUCCCCUUCCAGGACACACCGUCUCGCAGCAGUCGCUGAACCUGGAGGCUGCCGCCGGAACCGUCUAAGCCUGGACCGUAGGUGAAUAUGUGAUAUACGCUCUCUUCCCGUUUCCAAAUACUGCCAACUUAUCGUAUGUGACUGUGAGUCUGGAUUGCGUUCAAUGUGAAUAAAUGUAGUUUGUUUGUAAUUUUAA